AUGGAAAAACACAACACGGAAAGUUUCGAGGCGGAUGAAGACUUCAAAGCUUCAAUGGAUGAAGACGAGCAAAAGUUGCUUUGUGGAUACGGCGGGUUCGUUUUCUGCCUUGAAUAGACAGUUUUCCUGUUUCGAAAUUGGAAGAAUAAGAAAAAGCCGUUUUGGUCGUUUUGGGGGAAAUUAUUCGACAUUUUCAGUUGUACGCCUUCGUGGAUCCAGUCGAUGCACAACGCGAAAUGUCUGCUCGUCAUGCUAGGAAUUUGUGCUUUCAUUCAGGUUCGAUUCUCUUUCUCUUCGAUUCUGGCAGAUGUUUUAUUCGGAGAUCGCAUGAGACGAAACUAAAUCCUACUCACUUUGCCAAAUUUCAAGUUUUUACUUGAAAAAGUAUAAAUUUCCAAAUGAAACUCCAACUGUACUUGAAAUUCUUAUUAACAAGAUUAUAAAUAUAAAAAUGUUUCUGGAAUAUUUUUCCAGAGCUUCGUGGUGAAUGCAAUUUUUCCCGUUGGACUGUCCACACUCGAGCGCCGAUUCAAAAUGACAAGGUUUGAUUUGAUCCAAACUUGAUAUUUCCACUCAUCAGCCUUAAACUAUUUCUUAUCUGGCUGUAUCCUUUUUCCCACUACAUCUUCUUCAUAUGUACUUAUUUAGUCAACAAAGCUGAAAAACUUCAGAAAAUAACUCAUUCGAAAACCGUUACAGCACUCACACGGGAAUCAUCUCGAGUUGGUACGAUUUUGCCGUUCUUUUGGUCGUUUUUCCUGUUUGCCAUUGGGGAAAUUCAGGUUAACAUUAGAUCGAGAACUCUUCCUUGAAACCAAUACUGCAAAACCUUGACUUAACUUCCAGGGCACAAAGGGCGAUGGAUCGGAUGGGGCGGCGUAGUGAUGGCGUUGGGCUCGUUGAUCUGCGCUCUGCCGCACUGGAUGGUUGAUGUCUACCAUCCCGACGCCUACGAGAAGAACGAGACUGACUUUGGUCAGUGUGCAAUGAGGUGAGCUCUGAGAGACGGCGUAAAUUUAAGGAAUAAUGUGGCUUCCUCGUCUAUAGAAGUGUUGUAUCACAUUCACAUAACAUCGUCGAACUGAGCUUUUUUAGAAACGAAAAAAUGGAGUGCACUGGUUCGGCGCCAUCCUCUUACUUCAACCCAUACUUCUGGAUGUUCAUCCUUGGUAUUCUGGACUGACAUGAGCGAAAAAAAAUUGAACGAGCAGGUCAAACGCUCCACGGAGUUGGCUCGACGCCGCUUUUUUCGAUAGGAACAACCUACCUCGACGAAAAUGUUUCCCAAAAAGCGUCUCCGGUUUAUCUCGGUGAUUAUUCUUCUUCUUUGACUCUUGUUUUUAUUUUAUUUUAUUUUUUUGAUUCGCCUUUUUUUCAGCAAUUCACGCGGUUCUGACGUCAUUCGGGCCGGUUAUCGGCGUCUUUGCCGGUGGAUUUCUUCUCAACCUCUAUGACGAUUUCGACAGAGUUGACCGGUUCGAAUUCAUUCGUUUCUCACCUCAAAAGGAAAUCUAAGGGUUCCGAUGGAGCGCUCCGAUCCUCGUUGGGUUGGCGCCUGGUGGGUUGGAUUCCUGAUCUCGUCUAUUUCGGCUCUUCUAAUUGCUUUUCCCAUUUUGGCGUUUGCUCGCGAACUCCCAGAAGCAAAGAGACACCGCGCCAAGGACGUUAACCAGGUGACUUUCCAGAGAGCUGUAGCGAUAGAAAAGUAUGUAGAAGAUGACAAAAGAAUGUGAAAUGUUUCAAAGGAAAUUCUGUUCGUGAAGAUUUUGAUUGCGAUAUCAACAUUCCAUUUGAAAUUGCUAAAAAGUUGUUUUCCUUUUACGAAGAGCAACGUUCACAAAGCUCCUACGAAGAAUUUGAACUGGAGAAGUGGAGCGCCUUUUCAUUCUACCGUGCUCUGUUGACAAAACAUUUUUUUAAAGUAUGUUAGCUUGUGGAAAACCUUUUCCCCAAGACUAAAUGUACAUAGAAAGUCAGCUACGUGAUACGUUGCGCUCUCAUGUCUCCUCUCCUACAGAGCUGCCGGAGACCUUUUAUAGGCUCCGACGGGGAUUAUGUUAUUGGCCCCGAUUAGGAGGACGCUGAGGCAAGUAUGUCUACAAAAAAACCCUUUUUUUAAUCUUCUUAUUUUUUUUGUUGACUUUUAUCUCUUUUUGUAAAAAAGAAUCAUUCCAGUGCCACGCCACCAACGCCGAUGUUAAUGAAAAAGCCCCAAGGGCCGUCAAAAAUUUGCCGGCCUGUGUCACUGUGAGUUUCUUGUGAGCUAAAAAAACACUAGGUUCAUUUUAUUUGGAUACUCUCCGGAUAAAAUUCUGAUAGACUAAGGUCACAAGUACAUAAUCUCACAAGUUUCAGAAAAUCUGCAAAAACCCGACUUUUGUGGUCUGUAUUUUCGUCGGAAUCUUCGAGUCUAUCAUCAUAAAUGGUCGGUCAUUUCAUUGUUUGACUUUGAAAGAGGAUUUUGAAGGAUUUGCCGCUUUCAUGCCAAAGAUCCUCGAGACUUUGCUCAGUACGAAUCCUACAUUGGCGUCCUACUUGUCGUGUGAGUCUUUCAUACCGUCCUCCGCGAAAAAAUUUCAAAAAAGGGAACUUUUUCGAAACUUCCAAGAUAUUCUGUAAAGUGUUAUAUUGCUCUACUAUUGUUUGAGAACAUUUCUUUGGUUUAUUCAAUCUUUUUGAAAAGCAAUUCAAAGCUCUUCCUUCGAUCAUCUACUGGUUUCAGCUGUCGUGAUUUUCGCGGCUGCGGCCGGAGUCAUGGUCGGAGGAACCAUCAUCCGACAGCUCAAACUUCAGGUAAGUCCCAGGGUUGCGCGGAUUAGAACUUCUUUGAAGGUGGCGGGAAUGCUGAAGAUGAUCGUCGUGUGCCACGUCAUCGCCUUGAUCUUCAUUUCCGGACUCCUCAGUCACUGUCCUCAGCGAGAGUUUGUGGGCAUCAACAUGGGCUACAAUGAUUUGUCAGUUCGGCCUUUUAUAAAUCUUUUUUUUUUGCGAAAAGCGGGUUAUUGAGCUCCCCCGUGAAACUUUGAAGUCAUAGUCCUUCGAAAAAUGAACUCAAAACAGCCAAAAUUUAUAGCCAAAUUAAAGUUUCACGCCAAAGAGUCCAGUUUUUUGAAAAGCGGGUUGUGUGGUCUCUCUACAUUCCAUAGGAAACAGGACACUUCCGUCUCAAACCACGCAACUCUAUCCGUCUAGGGGAUUCGAAGAAGAGCCCAUUUUGCAGAAUGAUUGACCGUGUGCACGACUUCUCGACGGCGGCGCAGUGCAACGAGAACUGCCACUGUCCGAAAGAGUGGAACCCGGUCUGCGACACGAACACGCACCACAUGUACUACUCGGCCUGCCACGCCGGCUGCAAGAAGCGCCAUUUCGAGAACGUUCGCAAGACCCCUCCAUUGCUCAUGUCAGCUGAGGAUCUUUCAGGGUACCGCGAUUUGGACUUCUUGCAACUGCAUCUCGUCCAACGAGACCUUCCACGGCUUCAUUCAUCCAGAAGAUCACGUCGACGAGCGCUUGACCAAUGGGUGAGUGACGUCAUCUGCAAUAUCACAGAGAAAUAGAUACAUGUUCUGUGACUUUCUGCUCAGAAUGACGUCAUGUUUUCAGCUACUGCAACAUCGACUGUGGCUACAGAGAGUACAUCCUGAUGGUGACGUUGUUCAUCACCGUCGUGGCGAGUUUCGCCUCCGGAAUCCCAACUCAACAGGUCCGAUUCUCCAGUAGAUGGACUCCAGUCCUUUAGUUCAGAUUAUGCUGAGAGUUGUUCCAUUCGAUCAGAGAACUCUGGCCAUGGGUGUCAACUGGACUUUCGUUCGUCUUUUAGGUGAUUUUCCAUCUUCUGAUUCUCUUCGCUUCGCAAAUGAACAUAAGAAUCAUAAAAGAUCUUAGGGUUUUCUUGUUUUCAAGUUUAAAAAAAAACGAACCUCCAGCACCGAAUCUUAACUCUUCUCCUUUCUUGGCCAGGACUCUUUUACGCAGUUUUUUUUCUCACACUUAUCUGAAAUUUCACUUUAAAAUAGGAGAAAAAACAAUCUGAAACGAGAAACUCGGAAUAUUUGAGGUUUCAUUCCUGGAGGCGUUCUUUUCGGAAUGAUCAUCGACACGACGUGUCUCGAGUGGGGCGAAAACUGCGGAAAAGCGGCCAGUUGCCUGGUUUACGACCCCGUCAAGCUCAGUUGGACUAUCACCGCCGUCGGUUCGUUCCUUUUCACCAUAGUUUGUCUUAUCACGAACUAUAUUAUGAAACUUUGCCCUCAAGAAUUCGUGAUAAUCCUGACAAGAAAGAUCAUUUUACUUUGCACUCUGGAUCUUUUUAGAAACUCUCUCAAUAAUUCUUUGAUGACUAAGAACUUAAUUGCAGCGAUAGUGUGCAAAUUGCUGUCGAUCCUGGCGACGGUGAUCGGCUACAUGACGUACCGACCUUCGGACCUCGACAACGCGGCUUCGGUUCACACGGUCGAGAGCUACGGAGCCUUGCAUCUCGUGGUCAACGACGACCGCCUCGCCGACCAGCCCAUCGUCGCCGUCGCCAAAUGA